GAUCAUACCGAUGGACCGGUUGCAGCCGGGCGCGAUGGAGGCUUUAGCCGCUGUGGAACUUGAACUCCGAUUCCUCCUCGAAAUCCCAAAAGAGAUGACAACGGCCACCAGUUUGAAUGUGUCAAGCAAGAUCCUUUCGUUUGCAGUCACAGGUCCGGCUCGAUCAGGACAGCUCGGCAGUGCUGAGAGGCGUUUGCUGGGCAGUGCUGAGAGCACCUGGGAGGAUCCCAGCGACCUCAUCUUGCGCUUGAGGGACAAGGCAACUCGCAGAAGCCCCUUGUUGUGGCAAGUUCUGGACCCCGUCGGUGUACCUCUCGCCUUUGCCAGCAUCAGCAUUGAAACCCAACGCAUCUCGCGGGUUGCCAUCAUUGAGAAGGAAGUGGACGACAAGGAGGCAGAUGUCGUUGUCGUUGUGGUCAUAGCCUCGCUGUGUUCGACCUUGCUUUGCAUGGUGCUGGGCUUCGGUCUGUUCAAGCGGUUCAUGAAUAAGUGCGGCAGUCCGAACAAGAUGGGUGCGCGAAAAGCUGACUGCAUUCAGGAUUUGCAGGACAUUGACGUCAGUGAGGCGACACAGGAUGAGGACGAACAUGCAGAUCCACCAGUCGAAUUUGCUGUAGACCAUGGCCGAGGUGGACAUGGUGUUGAGGACCAGCAAAGCUACCCCUCGCAACACCAUGACGCGUCCGCCUCAGCCGUGCAUCCCAUGUUAUCUUUUCCAACCCUUGAAUGCUGCAUAUCUUAUCGUUUCUCGGCGGGGUUGACAUUCAAGAUUAAAGACGUAGUCUACCCAACUAGGAAGAGACUAAAUCAGUGCUGUACUGUUUCAACUGUUUCUGUGUUCCAAGUACCAAGUCAGUGCUCAGUAUGA